AUGAGGGCGUCCAUAGUGCCCGAACCAGAAGUACGCGUCAUCAGCCCACCGGAUAAACCCAGCUUCGAUGAUGGACGGCAACCGCAGACCGAGGGCGCCUCCCUUUCCGGCGUCACUACCCAUCGGGCAUUGUCCAGGCGGCGCAGCUCAUCUGUCGGUAGCCUCAGCGAAGGCAGCGGAGGCGUGAGGCGAACGCCUGCUGGGUCCGUUUUGGAAAUUCAUUCCUCGCGUCAUUCAUGGAAGGGGCCAAAUGUCGCGGAUGGCGGUGCGACUUCCCAGGACCUAAAAGGCAACGUCAUAGUGGCGCCUGCGGAACUGAUGUCGCUUCGCAGGCCCUUAAAGAGGAGCCACAGCAAGCUCCAAAGUACUGCUUUGAAAACUUCGUCGUUGUUGUCGUCGUCAUCAUCCUCGAAGAAGAAAUGGACCAAACACGAAGGAGCGAAACAAGAAGGGACUACCGAAGCUCACUCUGAGAAAGAUGCUACCAAACCUGGAACGAGCAGCUCUUCGGGAAAGACUCUCCGGACAUCAACGGCUUCGGCAACUGGACUGUCAGUGACCAAAGCUGAGCAUAAUGAGGCGGCUGAUCACACACAACCGAGGCCAAGCUCCUAUGCAGCCAGAUCCAAGGGCCUGCCCGAGAAGGAUGCUAACGCCAAAACACAGGCCGAGAAAGGUCAUGCCAAGUCCAGAACAAGCAGCUUUUCAGAAGCGACACGUAGAACAUCGACGGCAUCGACAACUGGACCGUGUGCACUAGGAGCUGCAGUGUCCGCGGUACACGACGAAGUCCGACCUGCUGCCCCGGCGCCUGUGGCUGCUAAGAUAACCGGGACAACAGUUGAUCCUGCCUCCACGAAGGAAAGCCACCGGUCUUCGUCAUCGACAAUUAUGCCUGGCGUGACGGUGUCCAAGGACCAUGCGUCGUCUAGAUCCCACAAAAGACGGGCUUCCUCGAGCAGACGUGAUUCCUCAAGACGGGUUUCCAAAAGCACGGCAUCUGAUGGUCCAGCUGUAGCGGCGGUGAGCCAUGGCCAAGCUCCUGCUCAUGCACCGGGAGAGGAGGAAGUCAUUUCCAAGGCGCCAAGUUCGGCGCUGGCUCCACAUAGCAAACCACCGGACACAAUGAUUGCGGCCUCGACGACCAGAUCUCAAAACCAGCCGUCUUGUUCGGUCGCCGCCCCGGUUCGCAUUGCCGCUCCUGCAGUGAGCCAGGAAGUUGUCGUUCCACAUACGUCGCGUAACGGGAAGGCCUCCGAGGCGGCGGCCUAUGCUUCGGCUCCGUGGAAGAUCCAGUGCGCCGCCCCGUCAGCGACGUCUAGCGGCGAGGACGACAAGAUGGCGAGCCGAGACAAGGACGUGGCUAGAGGCGGGAAGGCUGCCGUGGAUGAGCAAACGACCAGCCACCAGCCCGCCGGCUCAAACUGA